AUGCCCCGAAAGAAGGCCCUCCUGAUUGGAAUCAACUACACCGGCUCCAACCACCAGUUAAACGGCUGCAUCAAUGACGCCAUGAACGUUCGCGAAUACCUGGUUCGCGACUGUGGUUAUUCUCCGGAUCAGCGGGAUAUGGUCAUCUUGACUGAUGCACCGGAGAAUCAGGGUACCCCGUUUUAUCCCACCGGUGCUAAUAUGCUGGCUGCGUUUAAUUGGUUGGUUUCCGGGAAUAAUCAGGGGGAUUCGUUGUGGUUGUCGUAUUCUGGUCAUGGGAGUCAAGUCAAGGAUCCUGAUGGAGAUCGUGAUUCUGGCUUCGAUGACACGAUAUGCCCCGUGGAUUUCGAACGGAAUGGACAAAUUACCAGCGACACGCUCCACAAAGUCAUCGUCUCCCCCAUGAAUCCCCGAUGCAGAUUAACCAUCCUCUUCGACUGCUGCCACUCUGGCUCCGCGGUAGAACUACCCUACGUAUUCCGGCCCGACGCCGACGGCAGAGUGAACCUAGUCAACAACGUCAAAGAGGGCAUUUCGCUCGCGAAAGAGGCAUCAGUCCUGUUACACGGCGGAUUCUCCAUUGAGAAAAUGCACGAUGUACAGUCCUUAAUUGGUCGUGGAACCUCUCUGCUGCAUAGAUUCACUCACCCCGAGACACCUUCGGAUGAAACUGGACUUGCCGAUGAGAAUUUCGUGGAGGAUUGGCGGAAUGAGGGGAAGGAUGUUUGGAUGUUUAGUGGUUGUGCUGAUGAUCAGACGUCGGCUGAUACGAGUAUGCAAGGGCUUGCGACAGGCGCGAUGUCAUGGGCUUUCAUCAAUACUAUGAGGAACAAUCCACGUCAGAGUUACAUUCAGGUCCUGCAAACCACGAGAGGUAUGCUACAGGAUAAAUACUCGCAAAUUCCUCAAUUGUCUGUGGGUGGGAAAUACGACUUGAACCAGCCUGUAUAUGUCUGA